AUGUCGAAACUCAGAACACCAUACCAAUGCCUCAAACAAUGUGGUAACUAUCUUGUAGCAGCUCGAGGCUCAAGCAUAGAUACCUUUGAUAUAAAAGAUGGUUCAUACCUUUCAACAUGGAAGUCUCCAGCGCCAGAAAGUACGAAUGCAUUGAAGACAACUGGAGAAGAGACGCAAACCAAAAGUGAGGAGCAGAACCCAGAAACAUCUACUCCAGAUGCCCCAUUGGAAUCGUCAACCCCGCCAGCAAAGAGACGGAAGUUAUCCGUUAGCGAGGAAAAGGAAGAGAAGAUUGUUGUCGUACAGCAAUUGAAGAAGAAAGCGAAGAAUACACCACCAAAGAUUAUUGAACCUUCACCCAUUACUGCUUUAACUAUCACAAAAGACCUCCAGCACGUGAUUGCAGUUACAGGCGAGGACAAAACCAUCAGAGUGUUGGCAUGGGAGGAUACAGUAGGCAAAGGAUUAAAGCAGAUCAGUGAUCGUACUAUGCCCAAACGACCUUGUGCUCUUGCCACUACCGAUGACUGCAGUACCAUAAUCAGCGCUGAUAAAUUUGGGGAUGUGUAUUCUCUUCCUCUCAUCCCUUCUCCUUCAGUUCCAUCCGCUAAAGAAGAUGUUUCUGCCGAAAAGCAAGCUCCAAAGAAGUUCCAGCCUUCAGCCAGUGCCUUGACAGUACAUUCCGUGCGCAACUUAAAAGCCCUUGAGGCUCAAAAGAAACAGACCAACAAAGUGUCUGAGAAAACCGGUCCAGAUUUUGAGCACAAACUUCUCCUUGGACAUGUUUCUAUGUUGACAGAUAUCGUGACGGCUUCCGUGUCAGGUCGCCACUACAUUCUUACAGCUGAUCGUGACGAGCAUAUUCGUGUUAGUCGUGGAAUUCCUCAAUCGCACGUCAUUGAGGGAUUCUGUCUCGGACACAUUGAAUAUGUUAGUCGUUUAUGUAUUCCUUCUACAAGACCAGAAACUCUUAUUUCUGGCGGCGGAGAUGACGACCUACACGUUUGGAACUGGCUCGAUGGAUCUUUACUAUCGAAAGUAGAUCUCAAGUCUCAAAUUGAAGCAUUUGGCCCAGAAACCACCAAAGACGAACCCGAGACCGAGUCUAAGAAGGUUGCAGUGACGGGUAUUUAUCACGCUAGAGAUGAAACAUCUGAUCGAGACAUCGUGUGUCCCUGCCGCCUUCAUUUAUACUCUCACGCCUUCCAACCAACUCAUACAUACUCAAACCAUCACCCUACCAGGCAAUGCGCUCUCUUGCACCCUCAGCAAUCCCACCCCUCAUCUCCAUUCUCCCUCAUAAUCUCCAUCGACAACAUCCACGAAUCCGGUUCCAUCAUCGCCGUAAAGGACGACAACUCACCCAUCGCAAGUCCUCUGCAAUUCUUCAAAUACGAAAGUGAGAAAUUUGUUAAUGUGCAAUUGGAAGGAUAUGUAUCGCAAGAUAGCGAGGGUAUUUUGGAUGCAGAGAAGAAGAAUAAGUUAGGUGGUCUCUUGUAUAAUAUUGGAAAUUUGAGAAAGAUGGAGGAUGAGGAAUAA